AAUAUACUCUCACACUCAUAAUUCUCACUCCAUAACUUUCACACACUCUCUCACUCUAAAAAAAAAUUCUCACUCCAUAACUUUCACACACUCUCUCACUCUAAAAAAAUUCUCAAAAUCUGAAAUCAGUUUGCAUUUGCUCGUGUGAAAUUGUUUAGGAUGGAUAAGAGUUGGAUACUGAAGCCUCGUACUACACUUGAGUAUAAGAAAGGGCUACAAAUAUUUUUAGACUUUGCAUUUUCUAAUGUGUCAUUUGAUAAUAGGAUUAAGUGUCCUUGUUCUAGUUGUGGGUUUAGACUAUAUCAGACAAGAGCAGAGGUGUUCGAUCAUCUGUUGUUCAGCCCUUUUCCGACAGGUUACACUGUUUGGUUAUUACAUGGUGAGAAGGAUGUAGGAGAAACUUCAACCACUAGACAUGAAAGUCAACAUAUUAACGCUCGUGAUAAUCCAAUGCAAGACAUGGUUAAUGAUGUUUUCAAUUUCUAUGGACAACCUGCAAACCAAGAACAUGACACAUCGCAUGGACCAGUAACCGAAGGCGAAAAUGACAUGUUGCCUUUAUCUGAUGGUCCAAAUGAUAAAGCUAAAGAGUUUUAUGAGUUAAUGAGGGAUGGGGAACAAGAACUUUAUCAAGGGUGUGUGAAGUACUCAAAGUUGUCUUUUCUAGUGAGACUUUAUCACAUUAAGUGCAUGUGUGGGAUGAGUGAUAAGGCCAUGACGAUGAUAAUAGAGUUGUUACAUGAUGCCUUUGAGAAUGCAAAGAUCCCCAAGUCAUUCUAUGAGGCCAAGAAGACUAUUAAAAAACUUGGUCUUAGUUAUAAGAAAAUACAUACAUGUCCAAAUGAUUGCAUGUUAUAUAGGGGAGAAGAUAAAGAAAGACAAGAAUGCAAGCGAUGUGGCACAUCUAGAUGGAAGGUUAAUGCUAAGAAAAAUUUUUCCAGUGAUCUUGAAGCAAAUAAAAAAAAAGACACUGCAACCUGCAAAAGUUCUUCGUUAUUUUCCUCUAAUUCCAUGACUGCAAAGGUUGUUCAUGUCUAGUAAGACGUCUACUGAUAUGAGAUGGCAUAGUGUUGAUUGCCAUAAGGAUGGCUUAUUGAGGCAUCCAAGAGAUGCUGAAGCAUUUAAAUUUUUUGACUUCACAUUUCCUGAAUUUUCUCAAGAUCCACGUAAUGUUCGUCUUGCCUUAGCGAGUGGUGGGUUCAAUCCUUUUGGACAUAUGAGCGCUAAUCAUAGCAUUUGGCCAGUGGUUCUCAUUCCGUACAACACCCCUCCUUGGGUAUGCAUGAAACAGUCUAACUUCAUUCUCUCAAUGAUAAUUCCAGGUAAGAGAAUGUCAGGGAAUGAUAUUGAUGUUUACUUAUAACCUUUGAUUGAUGAAUUGAAGGAGUUGUGGGAUGGUGUUCAGACCUUUGGUGCUUUGUCAACUGAAACUUUCAAAAUGAGAGCAGCAUUGAUGUGGACAAUUAGUGAUUUUCCAGGAUAUGGUAUUUUGUCUGGGUGGAGCACGUAUGGUAAGUUUGCUUGUCCCACGUGUAAUAUCGAUACCAUACCCUGUCGACUUCAACAUAGUAGAAAAUGGUGCUUUAUGGGCCAUCGUCGGUUUCUAAAUGCUAGUCACAAGUUUAGAUUGGCCAAGGUCCGAUUUGAUGGUACAGUUGACAAAUGAAAUCCACCUGUACAGUUAUCAGGCUCAGACAUUUCAAGACAAGUUGAGAAUCUGCAUGUUUCCUUUGGAAAAACGCCAAUAAUUGAAGUUAAUAGGAAAAAAAGAAGACGUGGGAAACAGAAUAUCCAAAGUGAUUAUCCACAGUGGAAAAAAAAAGUAUAUUCUUUGAACUUCCGUAUUGGGAGUUUAACUCAUUGCGUCACAAUCUUGAUGUAAUGCAUAUUGAGAAAAAUGUGUGUGACAAUGUGAUAAAUACUUUGCUCAAUGAAAUUGGAAAGUCAAAUGAUCACGUUAAUGCUCGAAAAGACCUACAAUCAAUGGGCAUAAAAUCUGAUCUUUGGCCUGAUGAGCAUAGAGGUUAUCCCUCUGCUAUUUUUACUAUGACAAAUGAACAGAAAGACAUUUUUUAAGGACUUUAAUGAAUGUGGUUGUUCCAGAUGGUUACUCAAGCAAUAUCUUGAGAUGUGUUGAUGUGAAGCAACGAAGAUUAUUUGGGUUGAAAAGUCAUGAUUGCCACAUUCUUAUGCAGCAACUAUUGCCGAUAGCGUUGAGGAAUGCAUUACAUGGCUUAGUGUCUGCAGUUUUAGCUGAUCUUUCAUCAUUUUUUCGGCAGUUAUGUUCUAAAGUGUUGAAUCCCAUGGACCUUGAUAACCUCCAGAAUCAAAUCACUCUCACUUUGUGUCAUUUAGAAAUGAUAUUUCCUCCAUCUUUCUUUACUGUCAUGGUUCACUUAGUUGUUCAUUUAGUUGAUGAAGUGAGACAUGGUGGCCCGGUACAUUAUCGAUGGAUGUAUCCUAUUGAAAGGUUCUUGGGGCAUUUGAAGUCUUUUGUACGUAAUAUGGCGCAACCUGAAGGCUCAAUUGCUGAAGGUUAUUUGGUAGAUGAAAUUUUAACAUUCUGCUCAAGAUAUUUUGAAGAUGUUAAGACAAGAAUGAAUAGGCCGAGGCGUGUGGAUGAUAAACCUGAUGAUGUUGGAUAUCAUGAAAAGGAAACUAUGUUCCCAAAAAUUGGCAAAUCAGUAGCGAGUUCAUAUUUUAAGCUACCACCAAUGCAGAAGCAACAAGCACAUCGUCAUGUGUUAAUUAAUUGUCCAGCAGUUGACCCAUUUAUCCAGGAAUUUAGGACAGAAACAAAGAGAAGGUUAAGGAGUCGAACUCGAUCGGAAUCUACGAUAGAUAAAAUUGUGCACAAAGAAUUUGUUUCCUGGUUUCAAAAGCGACAAUGGCUAGGCCAAGAAGGUUCAAGGCUACACCACUUGAUACAGAGAUCACUUCUGCAAAUUCUCAUGAGCAUGCCACCGACACAUGGGCCUGAGCAUGCUUCAUCUGAAUCUGAUUCAUCGGAUGAUGAUGAUGUCCCUCCUACUUCUAGUGAGACUACUGCAAGUAAGAAGAAGAGAUAUUGGAUUGGCAGUCUUAUUGAUGAGGGUGGUACCAUUACAGAAGGAAGACUGAAGCUGCGAGAUAUUUGGUCACUUCCUACGGGUAAAAGAAUUAUCAUCCUGUGCAAUGAGCUUGGCCAACCAAUAGAUGAUGUAGGUGGUCUCUUGGGUGGCUUCAUGGGAGAUUUAGGGUUUGACUUUUCUAAAUUUCCUAUGUGUUACAAGUCAUGGCGUAAGGUUCCAGUUAACUACAAGAAUAGCGUAUAUGACGACAUUAUACAGAAGAAGAUUCUUGUGGAGGAUGGUCGAUUAAGAGACUAUAUGAUGAAGAGUAUUGGAAAGACAUGGAAAAAUACUAGAUGUUCUCUCUAUCAUCGCUUUUAUAAAGAGUCACUGACUUUUGAGGAAAAUGUUGCAAGACGUCCUGGUGGAAUUGAUCUUGACUAGUGGACAUGGUUUCUUCAAUACCGCAAGGAUAAGAAAACACAAGUAACAUAUUAUUUGAAGAUGUGCAAGCAGAAUGCUGAAAAUCGACGGAAGCAAACUUACACACACACUAAUGAUUCAAAAAGCUUACCUAGGAGAAAGGCUGAAGAGGAGCGUAAACGUGGGAGACCAAUGAGUAGAGGAGAGUUGUGGCCUUUGACUCACAAACGAAAAGACUAGACAUAUAUGAAUGAAGCAGCCAAGCUUAUUGGUGAGCAAAUAGAGAGGAUUGAAAGUCAGGAUGGCGUGUCAAAGAAAAUUUCAGAAUUUGAUUCACUUGCACAAGUGUUAGGAAAGGAACACGCUGGUCGGGUUCGAGGAGUGGGUUUUGGGCCGACACCUACUCAAGUGUUUGGCCAAACAGCCUAUCAAUUUAAUGGUGUAUCUUCAACACAAGCUAAUCGAGAUCAUGAAAUGGAGGAGAUGAAGUUGAAGAUGCAGGAGCUUCAAUCAGUGGUCGAAAGUGAGAGAUCUAGAAGGCGAGCUCUUGAGAACUUUCUAACAAGAUAUAUAGUCCAACAAGGAAUGGAAUUGCCGGCUGAGUUGACUGAUAUGGGUAGUGCUGCGACGGCUUCAAACAGGCCAAGACCAUCUUCCUCAUCCAAAUUUUGAAACCCACCGCGAUGCUAAUCAUGCUAUGUUCAACCUGGAUUUAGCUUGUGAUGAAUUCCAGUUCUAAUUUUGUUAGCAAUGAACUUUGUUUUUCUGGAACUGUGGAUUUUGCACCAGUUUAUCAGAUUUUGGGUCUUAUAGUUGGACAAAUAGAAAUUGUUCUGUGAAGAAUUCUCCAAAUUGGAGCUAUGUUGCUUUGUUUUUGAACCUAUUAUUCUAGUUAUUUGAGGGUUUUUUGUCCAUGUGCCUUUGUAUUUAGUAGUGCAAAUUGUUUUGUUCAGAAUUCUCUAAAGUACUUUUUCUAUAGAAUUGCUACGUUGUUAUAGGUUGGAAUAUGUAAAAA